UUUGUAUGUCUAUGGUAUAGUUCGUGCGGUUUUGUUCAGAGUACCUACCUAUUUUAUUUACUCAUUAUUUAAACUAAUUUGUAUCCUAAAAGUAACUAAAAAUAAAGGAAAAAUGGCUUUACAUAUUCCCAAAGCUCCGGGUGUACCCCAAAUGUUAAAGGAAGGUGCUCGGAUGUUCUCUGGUUUAGAAGAAGCAGUUUACCGCAACAUAAAUGCAUGCAAACAAUUUGCGCAAAGUGUGCGCUCUGCUUAUGGACCCAAUGGCAUGAACAAGAUGAUCAUCAACCACAUUGAAAAGCAGUUUGUCACAAGUGAUGCAGGCACGAUCAUACGCGAGUUAGAUGUUGAACACCCAGCAGCUAAAUUGAUGGUUCUGGCCAGUCAAAUGCAAGACUCAGAAGUUGGUGACGGCACAAACUUUGUUAUUGUUAUAUCUGGUGCGUUAUUGGAGCAAGCUGAAGAAUUAUUGCGUUUGGGAGUCACCACAAGUGAAAUAGCCGAGGGUUAUGAAAAAGCUCUCGAUAAAUGCCUAGAAAUACUGCCUGAACUUGUGAACCAUGAAAUCAAAGAUUGCAAGAACUAUGAUGAGGUUGUCAAAGGCAUCAAGCCCUCUAUAAUGGCCAAGCAAUAUGGCAAUGAAGAUUUUAUAGCUAAUUUAGUAGCUAAGGCUUGUAUUGCAAUCCUACCAGAAAAAACAACAUUCAAUGUUGACAAUGUUAGGAUUUGCAAGAUCCUUGGAGCUGGUCUCCUCCAAUCAGAAGUUCUCUCUGGAAUGGUGUUCAAACGUGAGGUAGAAGGAGAGGUCAGCAACGCUACCAAAGCCAAAGUAGCUGUAUACUCCUGCCCAGUGGACAUCACACAAACAGAGACCAAGGGAACAGUUCUCAUCAAAUCGGCAGAUGAACUCCUCAACUUCAGCAAAGGCGAGGAAUCUCUUCUUGAGAAACAGAUUAAGGAUAUUGCUGAUGCUGGAGUUAAGGUUAUCGUGGCUGGUGCUAAGUUUGGUGACAUGGCAUUGCACUUCUUGAACAAAUAUGGAGUAAUGGCUGUUCGUCUUAACUCAAAGUUUGAUUUACGUCGCCUUGCGAGGACUGUUAAUGCUACAGUAUUGCCCCGCCUCACAACCCCCACAGCCGAAGAACUCGGCUACUGUGACGUAGUAAGAGUCGACGAAGUGGGUGACACCAGAGUAGUCGUAUUCUCUAUGGAGAGCUCCGAGUCCCGCAUUGCGACGGUUGUUAUCAGAGGCUCCACAGAUAACUAUAUGGAUGAUAUCGAGAGAGCUAUUGACGAUGGUGUCAAUACAUUCAAGGGAAUUGCUAGGGAUGGCAGAUUCCUACCCGGUGCCGGCGCUACAGAAAUAGAACUGGCGCAAAGACUCCUCCAGUACGCAGACACACUGCCCGGUCUGGAACAAUAUGCAGUGAGGAAGUUUGCCGUAGCACUCGAGAGUGUGCCCAGAGCUCUGGCUGAUAACUCUGGAGCAAACGCUACUGAAGUUGUGAAUAAUAUCUACAAGGCACACAGGGAUAACCAAAAGAAUGUCGGCUUCGACAUCGACACAGAAAGCAAUGGAGUGUGUGACGCAACAGAGAAGGGUGUUCUCGAUUUAUACGUACUGAAGUACUGGGGCCUUAAAUACGCAGUUGGUGCAGCGACUACAAUCCUUAAAGUUGACCAAAUUAUCAUGGCCAAGAGGGCCGGAGGACCAAAACCAAAAGCACCCGCAGGAAGCGACGACGAAUCAUAAUCACAGCACUAAAUUACUCUUUUUCAUCAAUGCAUUUGAAUUAUUUAAGUUAAUACAUAUUGGUCACAUUUUAUUUUAACAGAUAAUACAUAAUUCGUAUACUUAGCUUGAAGAAGUAUUUUGUUUAAUGCUAUUUUAGCUUGUAAACUAACUUUAAUUAAUAAAAUUACUAAAAGUA